AUGGAUUUGGCAAAAUUCCACCUGGUUGAGGACCCAGAUUUAAACCAUGUGAGCCAUUUGCUAGUUGAUGAAAUUCAUGAAAGAGGAAUGAAUGAAGACUUUUUGUUAAUAAUUUUGUGUGACCUUCUUCCCCGGCGUCCAGAUCUCCGUCUCAUCCUGAUUAGUGCUACCAUUAAUGCUGACUUGUUCUCCAAAUAUUUUGGAAAUGCCCCAACUAUACACAUUCCGGGAUUGACUUUUCCUGUGGCAGAUUUAUUUCUAGAAGAUGUUUUGCAGAAAACCCAUUACAACAUAAAGUCAGAGUUUGACAGCUUCCAGGGAAACUCAAGAAGAAAAAGGAGAGAGCAAGAUUCAAAGAAAGAUCAUUUAACUGCUUUAUUUGAGGAUGUUGAUAUUGAUUCUACCUAUAAAAAUUACAGUGCAUCUACUCGAGCAUCUCUUGAAGCUUGGUCAGGUUCACAGCUUGAUUUGGGUUUGGUGGAGUCAACAGUUGAAUAUAUCUGUCGCCAUGAAGGUGAUGGAGCAAUUCUUGUAUUCCUCUCGGGUUGGGAUGAGAUUUGUAAGCUACUUGACAAGAUUAAAGUAAACAGAUUUCUUGGAGAUCCGAGCAAGUUUCUAGUCCUUCCUGUACAUGGUUCAAUGCCAACCAUCAAUCAACGUGAAAUAUUUGACCGUCCGCCCCCUAACAAGAGAAAAAUUGUUCUGGCGACAAAUAUUGCAGAGAGUAGUAUCACCAUAGAUGAUGUUGUGUAUGUUGUAGACUGUGGAAAGGCAAAGGAAACCAGCUAUGAUGCUCUAAACAAGUUGGCUUGCCUGUUGCCAUCAUGGAUUUCAAAGGCUUCAGCACGUCAGAGAAGAGGUCGUGCUGGCCGUGUUCAACCUGGGGUUUGUUAUAAAUUGUAUCCAAGAAUAAUCCACGAUUCAAUGCUUGAAUAUCAGCUGCCUGAAAUUCUUCGUACACCUUUGCAAGAGCUGUGCCUCCAUAUCAAAAGCUUGCAGCUUGGAACUGUUGGGUCUUUUUUGGCAAAGGCACUUCAGCCUCCAGAUGCCCUGUCUGUUCAAAAUGCAAUUGAACUUCUUAAAACAAUUGGAGCUUUAGAUGAUAUGGAAGACCUUACUCCACUUGGACGCCAUCUCUGCACACUGCCUGUGGAUCCAAAUAUCGGAAAGAUGCUUCUAAUGGGAGCCAUCUUUCAAUGCCUCAAUCCCGCUUUAACAAUUGCGGCUGCCCUUGCACACCGUGAUCCAUUUGUCCUUCCAAUAAAUAGGAAAGAGGAAGCUGAUGCAGCAAAAAGAUCAUUUGCCGGUGAUUCUUGCAGUGACCACAUAGCACUUCUCAAAGCAUUUGAAGGUUAUAAGGAUGCAAAAUGCAAUAGAAGGGAAAGAGAUUUCUGUUGGGAAAAUUAUCUAUCUCCAGUAACCUUGCAGAUGAUGGAGGAUAUGAGAAACCAGUUUCUGGAUCUACUAUCAGAUAUAGGCUUUGUGAACAAAUCCAAGGGUGCUAAUGCUUACAACCAGUAUAGCCAUGAUUUGGAGAUGGUAUGUGCAAUCUUGUGUGCUGGGCUCUACCCAAAUGUUGUACAAUGCAAAAGAAGAGGAAAGCGUACGGCAUUCUACACAAAAGAAGUUGGGAAAGUGGACAUCCAUCCCGCUUCCGUUAAUGCUGGGAUUCAUACUUUCCCUCUGCCUUACAUGGUUUACAGUGAAAAGGUGAAGACAACUAGUAUCUUUAUCCGAGAUUCGACAAACAUAUCAGAAUAUGCUUUGUUACUAUUUGGUGGCAAUCUCAUUCCAAGCAAAACUGGGGAGGGUAUUGAAAUGCUUGGUGGUUACCUUCAUUUCUCUGCAUCAAAGAGUGUGUUAGAGUUGAUACGGAAAUUGCGAGGGGAGCUUGACAAGCUUUUGAAUAGGAAGAUUGAGGAACCAGGGUUCGACCUUUCUGUGGAGGGAAAGGGAGUGGUUUCUGCUGUGGUUGAGUUACUGCAUAGUCAAAAUGUACACUACUAAUCUUCUAUGUUUUUUCGGGACCAACAACCAACAACCAUAAGAUAAUAGGAAUCUUGCUAUUCUUUUUCCCCCAAAUAUAGUAAUCUAAAUUUUGAAGAUUUGCUUAUUAUUUUUUCCCCUCUUUUGGUAGAAAUCAAUUUAUAAGUUGGGUGAAUGUAUUAUUAAAUGACACUUCUAGAUAUCUCAGGGUUAGCAAUGAUAUGGAAGAACUCGUUAGAUUUUGCAACCUGUGAAGAUUUUGUUUAGACAGUAAAGUAAAAUUCUCGCCAUCUUCUCUUUUUUGAUAACA